AUGGCAACAACAAAGCCCAUAACUAUGCUCGUGGCGCGCAGUCGUCCAUUAACUACUUUGACUGCCUCAACAAUUCGCACAUUCACACCCGUUGCAUCUAGAGCAACUUUCUCAACUUCUCAAUUUCGAGGCGCCACCCCAGCCGGUCCUCCCCCGCCCGGCUUCAGACUGCCAAAACCUGUAAGAUGGAACGAGAGUAAGGAGAGUACAAUGGAUAAGGCAGGGAAAUACUUUCUCAUGUCGGAGUUGUUCCGGGGAAUGUAUGUAGUACUAGAACAGUACUUUAGACCUCCAUAUACAAUUUAUUAUCCUUUCGAGAAGGGUCCAAUUUCUCCUCGAUUCAGAGGCGAGCACGCUUUACGAAGAUACCCUUCAGGAGAAGAACGAUGCAUUGCUUGCAAGCUUUGCGAAGCUAUCUGUCCCGCACAAGCUAUUACGAUCGAAGCGGAGGAGCGUGAAGAUGGAAGUCGCAGAACGACCCGAUACGAUAUCGAUAUGACAAAAUGUAUCUAUUGCGGAUUCUGCCAGGAGAGUUGUCCAGUUGAUGCCAUUGUGGAAUCACCAAACGCUGAAUACGCCACUGAGACGAGAGAGGAACUGUUGUACAACAAGGAGAAGUUACUGUCUAACGGAGACAAGUGGGAGCCGGAAUUGGCAGCAGCCGCAAGGGCUGAUGCACCAUAUAGAUAA